AUGAUUGACAUCAAUAACAAAAAGACGAGGUUACUCCUUGUGAUUGUAGGAUUGGUGAUGUACUUUGGAGGCAUCGUAUCAAUAUCAUACUUCCCGGCACAGUCACACAAGACUUAUAUGUCGGAGAAUGCAUUGUUACCGGGUGCAGCAAACGUAGAGUUUGAUAGAUCUGAUGUAGAUGCAGCCAUUAGAUACUCACAACAAUGGAAUCAAUAUAUAGCAAAGUGCAAUAAGAAGGAUAGCGUGGAGAAUUGUAGAGUAGAGGCUUCCAAAUGGAUUGAAGAACAACUGCGAGACAUUGGACUUGAGACAUAUACACAUGUAUUCUCCAUCGCUGGCCACGACGAUGGUGAUGUUAGCGAACAAAAGGGUUACAACCUGUACAGUGUUAUCCGUGCGCCCAAGUCAGAUGGCACCGAGUCAUUGGCUCUGACGACCAAGUUUAACGUUAAAGCGAUUAGACUACAGGAAGGCGAUGUUACUGGUGUAGGAUGGAUAUUGGCGAUGGCAUCCAAUUUGCAGAGGAGAGCUAGGACUUGGAUGGCAAAGGAUAUUAUCAUUGUGAUCACUGAUGGCCACUUUGGCGGAUUGGGAAUGAAGGCUUGGCUGUCAGACUAUCACUCGAGUGGGGAGAACGACGCACGCUCGGCUCAGAGCUAUUUCCGUCGCGCUGGCAUGAUCCAGGCAGCGCUCAACAUUGACAUCAAUGAAACAUAUCGUACAAAUCGAUUCAAUAUCCUGGCGGAGGGCUCCAAUGGCCAGCUGCCAAACCUCGACCUCAUCAACACGAUUGCUCGCAUGGCAGCGAAGGAGCGCGUCACUGACACUGUUCAGCUCGCUCUGAAUGAAUCGCCUAUCAACCGUCAUCUUCCCUCCGACAUGGCCACUCUGGCCACAUUCAUGUACAACCAGGCGAUGGGCGUGCCGACGGGCGACCACGGUCUGUUCAACGACUAUCACAUCGACGCCGUCACCAUUGCGCUGCCGACACAACAGCAGCGCCACACCAUCCAUCAGAACUCUGUGAUGGUCAUUGGAACGAUACGCAGUCUCAAUAACCUGCUGGAGCAUCUGCAUCAGUCGUUCUAUUAUUAUCUGUUGCCCUCACCAUUCAGAUACGUGUCGAUUGGCGAGUACAUGAUCUCACUCGGUGCCAUCGUCGGUCCGUUGAUCAUCCUAGUGCUCCUGCUCCUCUUCUCCUUGUCCACCACAUUCAAACCUCCCUCGAUGAAGCUGAUCAAACAACGACAACAGCAACCCAAUGCUGAUCUGGUUGAUCAGCAGCAACCACAACAACAAAAACAACAACAACAACAGCCAAUCACAGUGACAGACACGCCAAUCGAUAUAUUGUACUCAGCCACAAUGGUUGGUGUGACACUCACAAUUGGCCUUCUCUUCUUUUUGGUUCCAUUGACGUUCCCUCGCGCCACACUCUCCCUACUCCAAGACCUGUCGACACACUCCAAUAGCCUGGUCAGCGACGCUGUGCUCUUUGUCUCAUUCGCCACCGUCUACCUUAUAAUCUUCACGCUCGUCUAUCCUCGAUUGGAUAGCUAUUUUUAUCCGUCAUCAAUAUCAACAUUAUCAUCAACGGAAUCAGGAACAGGACCACUCCCAACCACGCCCCGAGGCGGAUCCAGUUUCAAGGUGUUCACAUGCCUCCCAGUGUUACUGUUCAUCACCACCAUGUCACUGCUCAACUUCUCCUUUUCGACGAUUGCAGCCAUUCUCGUCGUCCCUCUAUGUAUACUCCCAAUGCGCUCCUCUUGGCCGAUAUUGCGAAUUUUCCAGGCGUUGGUUACACUGGCCAUCUCUCCACCAAUCGUUUUAUAUCUUCUGGCGAGACUGUACCUCAACCAGAAUGUCUAUACACUGAUCGGCACACUCAUUCGACAAUACCAGCUCUACUCCACACUCUGGCUACCAUUCCUAACUUUGAUAUACAUACCACUUAAUAUCCUAACAUUGAAGUUGGUCAUCACCAGCAGUAGCAGUAGCAGCAGCAGUGGCAGCAACAAGAUCAAGACUCAAUAA